AUGGCCGCCUCUACUGAUGCUCUUCCAGUCGCCACCAUGAUUAAUAUGGUGGCCGGCAUCAAAUUGACUUCAGCCAAUUAUCUUCCUUGGCGUCGUCAGAUCACUCAUAUGGCCGAGUGUUUCGAUUUAAUGGGCCUUCUUGACGGCUCUGUUAAACCUCCCUCUCAAUACUCUCCACUGCCCGACAAUGCCACAAACCCUAAUCCUGCCUUUCUCUCAUGGCGUACCAAAGACCGUAAACUGCUCAGUGUUAUUUACUCUUCCCUUUCUGAAGAAGCUGCAUCUGAAGUAAUUAACGUCGUUUCUUCUCGUGAAUUAUGGCUUACUCUUGAAGAGGUCUUCUCUUCGGCAUCUCGACAUCAUCAACUUCGCGAGGAACUCCUCUCGCUCCGUCGUGGCGACAUGACUGUUGAUGAUUAUGGUCGGCGGUUUAAAGGCUUAUGUGAUCAGUUGUCUGCGAUUGGUCGUCCGGUGGAUGCGUCUGACCAAAGUCAUUGGUUUCUUCGAGGAUUAGGUAUUCAGUUUGCACACUUUGCCGACACCCGUUUGGCUUUUUCUCCAAUUCCGGUUUUUAGGGAUUUGCUCAAUCAAGCGAAGCAGUACGAUAUGUUAAUUCGCUCAAUGGAGGCGCCGCCUACCUCUGUCGCCUUCUACGCUGAUCGAUCGGUGUCCUCGAGUGAUCCCUCCCGCCGUCGUUUCUCUCAUGACGGUGGCAAUUCUCAAGGGCAUAGUGGCGGUCGCAGCAAUCAUCGUGGUCGGGGUGGUCGCCAACAUGGUGGAGGUGGCGGUCGUCAUUCAGGUAGUGGUCGCCGGCCCUAUGUACCUCGCUGCCAGAUCUGUCAAGGAGCGCACUAUGCUAAUAAGUGCCCUCAAUUUCUUGAGUGUCGUCAAUCUAUGUCUCCGGCACAUUUGGCGCAGGCAUUCUCCUCCUCUUGCGCAGUCUCCAGCCCUCCGCCUGACUGGUGUCUCGAUUCCGGUGCAUCCACUCACAUGACGAAUCAGCCUGAAACUUUGGAUUCGCUCAAGUCAUAUUCUGGUAACUCCUCUGUCAUCGUUGGUAAUGGAUCUAAUUUAUCUAUAUCACACAUUGGUUCCUGUCGUCUUCCUAACGGUAUGCGGCUUAAUGAUGUUUUGGUGGUGCCGCAUCUCACCAAAAAUCUUGUGUCUAUUAGUAAAUUAACUUCAGAUUUGCCGGUUGAUGUUGUGUUUUCUGGAAACUUGUUUCUUAUUCAGCAUCGGGAGACAAAGGAACCCCUGGCUCGGGGUCGAUGUGAUGGAGGCUUAUACUACAUGGAUCGGUGGUGUCCGGCAUUAGCAGCCGCUGUUCGUAAUAAGGUUUCAAAGGCAAGCUUCGAGCUGUGGCAUUGUCGCUUGGGCCAUGCUUCUUCUUCCAUUAUCUCAUUGUUACAGAAAACUACAUCUCGUAUCUACACAACUCGGCAUGCUCAAUUCGACGAAUUGUGCUUCCCAUUCUCUCAAACCACUUCACCGAGUUCGGUCUCUCGCCUUGAUUUCUCUUCUUUUCUCGAUGACAUGCCGGCCCCGCCUCUGUCUUUUGAGAACCACGCACCUCCCCUUCACGUUGCAGUGCGUCCAACCAUCAUUCCUGACGACGCACCUGAUCCUUCGGUCGAUCCGGUACAGCCAGCGCCUGCUCAGCCGGAUGCUCUUAUGACGCCACCUUCACCACAACUGGGUGCUCCUGCCCUAAUCCCGGCUGCUCCUGUCCCAGCCGUCCAUUCCACGGGUGCCUCUCACCCCAUGAUUUCGCGUGCUCGUCACGGAAUAUUCAAGCCUCGCCACCCCAUUGACCUCACUGCAUCGCUCGCGGACAUCUUCACGAAGAGUUUGCCUCGUCCCACGUUCACCUUUCUUCGUUCCAAGCUUUACGUUGAUCUUUCCCCUACGCAGCGCUUGAGGGGGGAUGUAAGAGUACCAGAUUAG